AACUUACCUUUAACCUUCCUUCUGAGUCCGAAGGUUGCCAUUUACUUGUUUGUUCAAAUCAGACCAGUUGAAGGGACCAGGAAAAAUGCAACUAGGUUUGUCGGUUUCUGACAGUGAUGUCUCUUCGUUCACCCCUCUGGUGGUCCUGGAGCUUGCUGAUGACACUAAAGCAGAGGCCAUCACUUGGUUUCUAAGCAGGAUCAGAGACAAGCAGCACAAUGGAGGAGCAGAAUUGUUGGUGGAUCAGCUCCUGUUUCCAGCUCAGGAUGGACAGAAGUCUAAUCCAAAUGUCUUUGUGGUGGGCUCCACAUUGCAGAGGCUCUUAAAAGGAGCUGAGGAUGUAGGGUUAUUUAAGGAAUUUCAAGAUGGGAUAAUGCGAGGGUUCACUUAUGCCAACAGAGAAAGCUUCAAAGACUUUUAUGGAGAUGGUGAAGGAUUUCUCAGUGAUGCCGAGUGUCAAUACAUCAUCAAACAUGAGUUAGACACACUUAGGGCUAAGAAUGAAGAGCAUGUUCCUGGAUACCCUAAGGUUAAACUCUACCCUGGAAAAUCUGUUGUGCGGAGGUUGCAGUCUAAAGGUAUCCUAGUCCAGUAUUUUCCUCUCCAUAACAAAGAAUACCUUAAAAGGCUCUCGUUCUCAUGGUACAAAAAGAUCAAAUUGUCCUUCCAGCCACUAGAUGACAUUAGACAUUAUUUUGGUGAGGGUCUGGCGCUCUACUUUGGAUUUCUGGAAUAUUUCACCUUUGCCUUGGUGCCCAUGGCCCUCAUUGGGAUCUCUUACUACCUCUUUGACUGGGAGGACUACGACAAGUAUGUGCUGUUUGCUGUCUUGAACCUGGUUUGGUCUACCGUAUUCUUGGAAUUGUGGAAGAGAUGCAGCUCGACGUUAGCAUACGAGUGGGGAACUCUGAGCCGCAAAAAAGCAUUUGAAGAACCGAGGGCUGGAUUCCAUGGAGUUCUGGGGUUUAAUCCAGUCACGGGCCGAGAGGAACCAGUCUACCCUAGCUUAAAGCGGCAGUUAAGGAUAUAUUUGGUGUCGGUUCCGUUUGUUCUGCUAUGCCUGUAUCUGUCCUUUUACGUGAUGAUGGUUUACUUUGACAUGGAGAACUGGGCCAUAAGCAUAUACAAUGAAAAUCCAAACUUUGCGAACGGCAUUCUGCUGUUUGUACCUAGUAUCAUCUAUGCUGUGGUCAUCGAGAUCAUGAACUUACUGUAUCGCUAUGCGGCAGAGUUUCUCACAAACUGGGAAAACCAUAGACUGGAGUCAUCAUUUCAAAAUCACCUUGUGCUCAAGGUUUUGGUGUUUAACUUUGUAAACUGCUUUGCCUCUCUCUUCUAUAUUGCCUUUGUCAUGCAAGAUAUGGUGCUUUUGAGACAGAGUUUGGCCACGCUGCUCAUCACCUCUCAAAUCCUGAAUCAAGUGAUGGAGGCCUUUCUGCCAUACUGGCUACAGAGGAGGAGGAACAAGAAAGUCCAUAAGAGGAUGAGGAGAGUGAUGGGUGAUAAAGAGCUCCCCCUGCUGGAACAAGUUCAGCUGGAGACUGAAAUGAACACCUAUCUGGGCACAUUUGACGACUACCUGGAGCAGUUCCUGCUGUUCGGCUAUGUGAGUCUGUUCUCCUGUGUGUAUCCGCUGGCUGCUGUGUUGGUGGUGCUGAACAACAUCACUGAGGUUUAUUCUGACGCCUUCAAGAUGUGCCGUGUUUUCAAGCGUCCCUUCUCAGAACCAGCAGCGAACAUCGGGGUGUGGCAGUUGGCAUUUGAGACAAUGAGCAUUAUCGCCGUGGUGACCAACUGUGCUUUGAUUGGUUUGUCUUCACAAGUGAAAGCACACUUCCCUGAAUCAGAGUCUCAGAUGAUCCUCAUUGUGGUGGCUAUAGAGCAUGUUAUCCUUGCCUUCAAAUUCAUCCUGGCAUUCGUGAUUCCAGAUGUCCCUAAAGAUAUCGAAGUCAAACUAGCCAAGCUGGAGUUUGACUCCCUAGGAGCUCUUAAGAAAAAGAAAAUAUUGGAAGCUGUGGAGACCUGAAAUACGUGGAAUAAAUGAAGGGUGAUGGCUACAACACAACGAAAAUACUCCAGAUGUACACAUACUGUAAACGAUCGAUUAUUAUAUUUAACUGAUUUUGACUUUAAAUAUGCACUCCUUGUUACUUACAAAAUGGCUUAUUGAUGCUGUACACUUCUGAAUUACAGGGUUUUAUGUUUUUUUCCGUUAUAGGAGUUGCACAAAUUGUUUAUUUCUCUAUAUGUCAAUAAAACUGUUACUUGUAUAAUGAGAGAAGUGUAAAUGGGAAUCCAUUUAUGUCUGAUGGGGUCAGUUGAGAUUUUAUAUAUAUAUAUAUAAAAUUGACAUUUCUUUGAGCUAUUGAAAUUGUCUGUUUUCAAUCACUCCAAGUUCUACCAAAGAUAGAGCAGUGCCUUUAAACAUCAUUGUACUAUGAUUAACUGUUAUGAAUUUUGUUUACAGAUGCCAGGCCACUUCACUCUGUGCUGUACUUGAAGUAUAUUCAAUAUUCUCUGCCUGACAAUAAACAUUUUAAAUAAUCAGAUAACAUGCUCCUUGUCCUUUCCACACCUUGGGAUGAGACAUUCGUGAUUGAGCCUUUCAGAAACUUUAAACUCCGAAGCUGAAUUCCCAACAAACACUGAAAUCUUGUGAGAACACCUAAGUGUUUUUGAGACAUUAGUGAUUCAGAGAACAUGUUUUCAUGCAAAAUAUGCUAGUUAGUAUUAAUCACAUAUUCAGAAACAUGCUAGUUUUCUUGCUAUUUUUACUAUCAUACUCAGUCUUGCCAUUAAACAGCAUUUCUAUUACAUUUUGAUUCACAUCCUAUAAAACAGCAUAAAACAGGGCUUGAAAUUAUGUUCCUGUCUGUAUACUGAUUUAUGUUCAUGCAUGCUGAUUAUUCAAAAAGGUUUGUUCCAAAGUUUUACUUCAGUUAGUUUAGUUUUUUUCUCUAUUAAUUUUAGUAUAAAGUCUAUACCUUUACAGAUUUUUUUAAAUUUUUCUUUAUUUUAUAAAUGGCAUGCAGUUUCUUUCAUCGGGGUAACUAAUUAAUGGCAUCCAUGGACUCACUUGAGUAAGGAAAAAAAUGGGAUUAGACAAUUAUUUGCAUGUAAACACAGUCAUUUAUCAUCUUUUCUUGACAGAGACUAGCUAUUUACAAUUCUGUUUGACUAAUUACAGAAAUGUGUUUAAACAGACUAAGGUUUUGGGAGCAAAACAAACAGCUCCCUGUGACUUCACUCUUGAUGUUUCCUGAAGCUGAGGACAGAGCGACUAGCCAACUUACAACUCAAUCUAAUUAGGGAACCGUUUGUCACACUUUCUGACAGUGAAGCAGUCUCAGCAGUUUCCACUGACCAGCAAUGACACUGACAAUAUGCAGAAUGUGUCUGUGUGCGCGCAAGGUGCUCUACUGGCAACACACAUAUAGUGUGUUUGACCAUUAAGCUGAUGCUGGACAUGUACUUGCAUGAGAAGCAUGUACUUGAGACACCCCUGAAAAGCUCUUGGUUAUCGGAGACACCUUGGCAGCACAAACAGGCAAUAAAUCAAGAGCAAAUACCUUUCAGCAGCAGGGGCUUGUGGGCAGUGGUACUCGGUCAAGUUUAACUUCUUGCCACAUAGAAGACACCUUGGUUCAAAGUUUCACCAGACACUAUUGUACAGAAAGCCCACAGAGAAAUAACGCUGAUGUGAAAUAUUUCCAUUUUACUUCCGUUAUGUAUUUUGAAGAAACAUAACGUAAUGUAUUUGAGUAAAACAAGCUAUUCAAUGAGAAAAAAAGUAAUGAUCCAACACCCAAAAAAAUAAAUAAAAAAAGGACAAAGGAAGUCCGGGUUUAGAGACAACAUAUUUCACAUUUAAUUUUUGACAUCACCAUAACUAUAUGUAACUUUUAAAGACAAGUUUCAGCAACAGAACAUUUACUGAUUUUGCUUUUUCAAAAAUGUUUCUUUCUUUUUUUUUUUUUCUUUUUUUUUUGUCAGUACAUGGAUUGGUCCUUUAACAUUUUGUGGUGAUUCUUUUCCUCUGAAUGAACGUGGAUCAAUAAUGUCAAACGCACAACACAUGCACAUGUCGUUUAGCGGUUUACAUUAGGAUAGGACAAAGUCAAAGACUGACAUUAUGCAUAAUAGCACUGUUUUCUGUUCAACCUCUCUUGCUCGGUUUUUCGACACUCAUAUCUAAUAAGGCUAUAUUACAGCUAUGAACAAGAAGUCCAACACUGCAUUUCUAAGAGUAGAGCACCAUAUUUACACCAAUAUUUACAGACUUUACUUUUAAAACAAAAAUACAAAACUAACAGAAAUACUUAAGAUAAUUUGGGACAAUUUGAAGGAUGUACAGUUUUGAAAUAUAAAAACAAAACAAAAUGAUAUUUACAUAUAGCUGCAACUUAUAGCUUAGCUUAUUGCAAAUGCCCUUUAAAUCUUGCAACCGAUUCUUUGACAAUCACAGCCCUGUAGAGCUUUGACGUAUUUCUAUACCAGUCGAUGAUCACCCAAUGACCAACUCUUGAAGCCAUAUUUCCUGAAAGAGUGGCCAUCCACUGAAUAGAAGACAUCCCAUUUAUUUAAUUAUCUGUUAUUAGGUGGCCAGCUGACCAAAAAAGCCCAAUUCUAUCCCAACUAUAAGCCAGUUCAAGGCUCACAUCCAAAACAGCAUUUUAAAUCAGCAGUUCUCUCAAAAAAAUAAACUUCUAAAAAAAUAUGUACAUACUUAUAAACAUCCCCCAAGGCCAGUCGAUUCUGAGACUGGUAUAUACAGUAAUUCAAAGCUGAAUGGUACAAGAACAACAGGAGUGAGAUAUUAUGGUCUGGAACCGAAAAUGAUUUAAUAAGCCAAAGAAAAGUCCUUAAUGAUAAAAUGAUUUCCCUAUUCAAAUUACGUUUUAAUAAUGAUGUUGAGAAAAAGGGGUACUGACUCAACAGUUCUAAUUAAAAUGUUCAGUACUAUACAAGCUGAAUAUGGUCACAGUGAGUCUGAUUUUGCUCUGGCAGAAAGGCUAAUUAUCCCCCCUGUGAUUUGUAUGGUGUUCAAACUAUGCUAAUUGUAGACUCUACUUAUAAUGAAGUGCAAUUUUAAUUUUAUAAUUUGAUAAAAACUAGGAUGAACACAUUUAUGUGUGGGUGUCUCCACAGUGCUGUCUGGCUUGUGAAUUUGGCAAAACAUUAUUAACUUGAGAGGGCAUUUCGCAGAUGGAAUUACAAAAUUUACCAGCUUGAACGUAUAAAUUGCACGUAUAUUCAAAAUGAAAAAAAAAAAUAAAAU